GCGGGGCCGUGAGGGGAGGGCGCGGCCAUGGCGCAGCCCCGGGUGCUGCCGCAGAGCAAGGAGACCCUGCUGCAGUCCUACAACAAGCGCCUCAAGGACGAUGUCAAGUCCAUCAUGGACAACUUCACCGAGAUCAUCAAGACGGCCAAGAUCGAGGAUGAAACUCAAGUCUCUCGAGCAACUCAGGGUGAGCAAGAUAACUACGAGAUGCAUGUCAGAGCUGCAAAUAUUGUCCGAGCUGGUGAGUCCCUGAUGAAACUCGUGUCUGACCUGAAGCAGUUCUUGAUCCUCAAUGAUUUCCCCUCUGUGAACGAGGCCAUCAACCAGCGCAACCAGCAGCUGAGGAGCCUGCAGGAGGAGUGUGACAAGAAGCUGAUUGCACUGCGGGAUGAGAUCUCCAUUGACCUGUACGAGCUAGAAGAAGAAUAUUACUCUUCCAGGUACAAAUAGGGCAGUGGACUCUGCCUUACAGCUCCAGGCCUUUUUGGGGUAGUUAGUCCAGACCAUCAAACAGCCCUUAGAGUAUUGGUGUUAAGAAUGUUCCCAAAAAUUUUCAGCCCUACUUUUAAUUAGGUCAAACUCUUUUUCUGCAGCUAAAGCAACCGCCUUUUCCCUGUAGAUACUCUACAGGGUAAAAAUGUCCUGGUGAAGGAGGUGUUCACAGCAUCCCAGGUUUGAUAGAUAAUUUCCUUAGGCUUCUUGUUGUAAUCAUUAGAAAAGAAGAUGAAUUUCCUUGGGGGUAACCCCUCUGAAGGAGCCUCUGUCUCUCUUGCUACAGAGACCAGCUUGCUGAGCUGGGUCCUGAUGUCACCUCACCUUCAUGGUGACUCCUUUCACAAGUGACCUGGUCACACUUUGUGCCUUUUCCUUCACAGCCCACUGCCCCCAGCUGCCUCCAGUCCUGCUGGAGUCAACAUUUGCAAGGACUCGCUCAGUUUCAUUGAAUUAUGAAGUAUUGUGAUAGGAUUUUCUAAGGAAUGAGUUAUUACUGAUUUGUUUGUGGGAUUUUUAAUAUUUUUAAAAGCCUCUUAUCUAGCAGACAGACUUUAGAGAAUUCAGACACUUUAUUUUUUUUGUGAUGCACUCCAGCACUUCUAGUUAAUGAUGCAGUAAAUUGAAGCAGAAGUAAACAAAUGUAAACCUGGUUAUUUUGGUUGCACUUUCCAAGCUAAGUGAAGUCAGUGCAAUAAUGCUAGGAUUUUUAAACACACACUUAACUUUAAAAAAUCUUACUUAAAAUUUUACUGACCAGGUUUCCUAUGUUUGCCUUUUUCUUUGUUUCUAAGAAUGCUGAAUGCCUAUAACCCCAGCUAAGUCAACUAAAUUUUUCAAUAUCUUUGAAAGUAAGGCCAUUGUUUAUGAGUAGCAUAUGUAUUUUAAGAGUAAAAAGAUAAUAAUAUUACACAGCUUAGAGGUAAAAAUUUAGAGUUGUUUUUCAAAUUUUGUUCAGUUUUUUGAGGAGGUUGUGAUGAUCACAAACCCAAGCACCUGUGCAGGUGCUGAUAGGUCCAAGACAUAGCAGUGAGCUUAUCCAAAGGAAUGUGGUGUGGGAUGAGAGUGCCCCACCUGUGCCAGGUGUGCUUCCCUCACCCUGUCCCCAGGCUGCCACCACUGUGUGCUGCUCACUCUCCCUUUUGGGCAGAGGGGUUCUGGCCAUGCUGGCAUGGUCUGGUCACCUGCCUGGCCCCAGGUGCCACAUAAAGCAGCCCUUGCUGACAGAACUAACAUGGGAGCACAAGUGUUGGUGUACAUCAGAUGGAUUUGCCUUCCUGCUCUUUCUUAUGGGUCAUGAGGUGAGGAAACCUGGCAAGUCUGCAGAGCUGUGAUCUGACACUUUGUUAUCCUGUAGCACUUGGUCAUUUGCUUUUAGCACUUCCUCCCUUCUUGUGCUCUUUCCUGUCUUUUUCUGCACCAAAGAAAUGUGUCUGUGUAAAUACAGAAACAGUGUUUUAUUCAAAGCCCUUUUAUAAUUAGAAUAUGACAAUAUUUUUAAUGAAAUCUUAUUGUCUAAUGUGGGGGAAAGGAUUUCUGUUAUGUCACAGCCAUGUUUCAGUGGCUGUCAACACAACAGCCUGUUUGCCCCCACAGGGGAGUUCUUGCUGUCCUGGGAAUGCCCCUUCAGUUGUAGGGGCAGGUGUUUGCCAGACUUUUUAUGUGCACAUGGGGCUUUUGAUGAGACCCAAAAGCAGGUCCUUGAAACUAAACCUGAGAAGAUUGUCCUGAGGGAACCUUUCCUUUCCUGCCCUGUGAUCAUGUAGUUUUCUAGAGCUGUGCCUGUGCACUCAGACUGCCUCAGGGGUGUAGUGAAGUCCCUUCCAUGCCCUGAGCAGCCCUCCCAGGACAGAGCAGCAGGCUGGCCAGUGCUUCUGGGCUGUGCAGAGCUGCUCACUGACCCUGACUUUUCAGGAGUGUUAGCUGAGAGGUGGAGCUUAGACUCUGGAACUGUUCUGACUGGGGCAGCAGGAGAAGCAGUCGUGCUUCUGACACAGCUGAGAUGUGGUUAGCAACUCCCCUGCCACUAUGUGUGGAUGCUGUGGUCAGGUUCUCCUGGGAAAUCGUGGCCUGAGGUCUAUGACAGAACAGGAGUUGUAGUUCUGGUUCAGUCCUGAUGGUCUUUGUUAACUGAACCCAGCUCUGCUCUGUUGGGGGCUGAUCUUCCAAGGGAUUUUACAGAAGCCCCAGAUAUAAAAUCUCUAUCCACUGCCUUCUCACUUCUGCAAAGCCAGCUGGGUGAUGCUGCCAGAAAAGAGCUCAGCUUGCACCUAGUGCUUUGUGUGCUUGUUCCCCAAAGUGGUAACUGCAAGUCCAGCUUGCCUUCUCUCAUCCUAACCCCCAGACCUGCAUUUGUGUUCCAUUGCUCCCUCCUCUGAGAUCACAGGAGCUGUCUUGAGUGUGGGGUUAAAUCUCACAUGUUCCAUGUUUGUGCAAUAUGAACUGUCUCAUAUUUCUAUACUUAAAAUAUUUCCCUAAGCAUCAGUCCAUACAUUACAAAUGUAAAUAAAGCUGCAACAACAAAAUCACUUGACCCAUUGGGUUUGUUUUUCUCUGAAUGCAAGCUGCUUUCUGCUCCAGCACUCAUUUUGUCUUGGGUGUCUCUUGUGUGUGCAGCUCCUUCCUCUCUUUGGGAUUUGUGUUGGUUUUGUUCCAGUUCCUUCCAUGUUUCUUUUUAGUUUUGGCCCUUCCACUUUGUUUUCCUCAGAGUAUGGGCAAGAAUUAGCCAGUUGUUUAAAAAGCUCAUUUCCCACACUGCUGGUUCAUCCAGUUGGAAUCCAGCCAGCUGCUUUUAGAAGCACUGUUAGCUCAGGCUCCUUGGGAAAAGGCAGGAGCUGUAAGGACUUUAUAAUCAAACUGAGAAACUUCAAUGGAAGACACAAACUGUGGAGCACUUUUUUGAAAGGGCAAGGGUGCAAAUAGGGUUCUUCUUUAUUAUGACAGGGACAGGCUCCAAAACAAUUGUGGAAGGUUUUUUUUCUGAAGUAAAAUUUAGAGCAGGAUUUCUAUUUCUUCCUCACAUAGGUUGCAGUCUAAUUCCAAGUAAAAUAAUUGUGGGUAAGGUCUAUGUCUCACUCAUCAGUUAGCAGAACUCACAUAUUUGAGGUGCCAGGUAUUCAGCUCAGAUCUUUUCAGAGACUUGGAGUGUCUGGAUUAAAAUUGAGGCCUUGUUUCAUUUUGUAGCCAGUUCUGUCUCUGAAAUUGCCCCAAUCCUCACCAGGCCCAAGAAGUUUUAGGACCAGCUCUUAGGGGGGGUGUCUUAGGGAAGGCCAAUGUCACACAAUUUAGGAUGAUUUCAUGAACACAGACCUUACAUCCAACAUUUUUUUUGCCAUUUUCUUAAUGCUUUGCUUCUGUCUUGCUCCCUCCACCCUUUCCAUCCCUCCCCUCCUCUGUCACCACACCUGCUUUCUCCUCACUGGGGUUGUUUGUUC